AUGAACGACAGUCCACACAAAGAGAAACCACAGAAAUUAGCUGCAACAGAAGCAACUCGUUUCGAUGAAUCUCACAAUUCGACGAGCCGUAUUUCCACGCAACAGGAAGUAAUUAGAGAUUCACAGUCGAUUACAUUGCGGGCUACAAGCACAGACGAGGAUGAAGAUGUUUCGAAGAAAAAAGAUAGGCCCGAGCAGUUGACUCAAAGACUCUCGAGGGCUGAAACUGUCAGACAGGAUGCCAGAAAAUUGAAGACUGCCACGCUUAAUAGAAUGGGGAAAAUGUUUAAGCAACGUUCUCAGACACCUGUCACGGAUAAAUCACCCCAUGUCAACAACGAUACGGUGAGCAAUUUCUAUCUUGUCAAAAAUAUGCGUAAUCCAAUUAAAUCUAUAGAAUGCUCUAGCGAGGAGACAUCGAAAAAAGAGAAGAGCAAUUCUUUGGGAAGGAUGCUGAAGCUUGUGGAUAAAGACGGCACGUCUAAAAAAAUAUUUCACCCUCGAGCAGGGUCGUUGAGUCGCAUUCUGCGUCGGAAUCCUAAUCACGAGAAUAACGAAGACAAAAAGCCCGAAGAAAACUCACCGGGGAUUUUCUCCAGAAUGCUGAGUCAGUUAAGAGGUCGUCCACACAGUGGUAACGCCACACUCGAACCAAAUCUGAAGAUGCGCAACAAAAAUUCGUUACCUCCAAAGGCGCCAUUGAAUACAAGAACGACUAACAAUGUACCUUCGUCAACUUCCGCUUCAUCGCCUCAGACACAGGCUGCGGGAUCGCCCCAGAAAUAUUCCACUUUCGAAUAUUCGAUUUAAGCCGAUUAACCUCCAAAAUAGCGAUUUUGUAAUAAAAUUAAAAAUAAUAAACUGUCUGAUUAUAAAAAUCACACAUCAUUGCGGAUAAAAUGGUUAAUUUUUAAAAUUCAAAUUCAACUUUUUCCAAUAAUUCAAUAAGUUUUGAAUGAUUUUAUGAUAUUGGCCAUUUAACGUGCAACAAAUAUAACAUUUGUAUUUUAUUAUAAUAUUGUAUUUAAUUAUUCGAAUAUCUUCGAACCGAUUCAACCGCUCUCGUGAUAAAAUUUCUUCUCUUUUUCCAGAUAUAAAUAAAAUAAAUAACGAAAAGAAGAGGUAUCCAAUGUAUUGAAAAAGAAAAAAAAAAAAAAAGAAAGAAACGGAGCGCGCAUACGUGUAGAAUAAUUUCGUAGAAAUGACGCGUGGAAAUCGUAUCAAUCUCACGUGCGAUAUUGGUAUAUUGCGGUAUCGAAAUACGUCCAACGUUGAGAACAAAUUUAAAAAAAAAAAAAAAAAAAAGUUUCAAUUCGAUACGUUUCAACGUAUGUAUUGUCUAUAUACACUAAAAGAAAAACAAUAACAAUUUCGCGUAAAAUUUACAUUAUUUCACGACGAAUCCAUGUCUCUAAAUCGAUACUUUCAUUUAGUUAUAUAACGAUAUUUCGAAAAUACGAUAAUUUCCUUUCAAAAUUUCUUUGAAAAUAUUUUACGCAUAUUUUAUCGACGAAACGAUCAUUAUUAAUAAUUAUUAUUAAUAAUAUUAUUUUAAUAUAAUUUAAUAAAAAUUAAUAAAAUAAAACGAACUCGUUUUUGCAUUGGAGUUUCCUCGAUCGAAAAUAAAGAAAUGCAUGAAAAGGAUGAUGUUUUUUUUUUUUUACUUGGAAGAACCAUGUUUAUUACGUAUGUAUAUUUCGUCUUUCUUUCUUUUUUUUUUUUUUUUUUUUUUUUUUUAUUUUCGACGAGACAACCCGUGUCCCUUCGUGCACUUUGCACGUGCUGUACAAUUUUUUUCUUUUCUCCGCUUACAUUAAUUACGCUCUUUAUGAUAGCAUUACGACAAAAGUAUCAAAUUGGGAUGAUUUUACGAAUUUUAACGAACGAUUCAGUCGAAUGAUGAUUCGCAAAAUCAUUCCAAAUGAUUCUGGCUGUUUUGACAGCUGGGUAAAAAAAAAAGAGAAAAAAAAUUGCAUAUUUACAAAAGAAGAAAAAAAAGAGAGAUGAAAACAGUAGACUUACACACGGCAUACAUGAUUUCUCUUUUCGCGCACGCAAAUCUCAGCGUUAUUGCUCGUCGUGGAAAUAUACAUAUAUGUAUAUAUACAUAUAUGUAUAUAUAUAUAUAUAUACUAGCUCGGUACAUGCUCGAUCAAAACCUGCGAAACUUGAAAUAUUUAAAUAUUUCUGCACACAAUUAAACAAAAAAUUUUACACGCACAACGAAUAAAAUAUAACCGUUUUGAUCCAAUCCUUCCUUCGGUCCAAUUUUUCCUCCCUCUUUCUCCUUAUUAAAUAGAUUUAGAUAAUAAUAUUUAUAAUAUUUAUAAAAAUACGCAUCGUGAUAAAAUACGCAUCGGUACAUUACCUUCGAAGAUAAACGAAGAUAUGAUUCACUCAAGAACGAUAUUUCAUUUAUUUUUUUUCUUUUUUCUUUUCUUCGUUCUCUUUAUCUAUUCGUUCUAUUCCGAUCUAAUAAAUCUGAAGGAAAGGAAUCGUUUCUGAAGUGAAAUAAAUCGUUGUUGUCGGAAUUUGUUAACAAGAUGGUAUUACCCAGUUAAAUAUCGAAGACGUCAAGCACAUCCCCAUCUAUCGAUUAACACCAGUGUUUAACGAUUUGUGCGCGCCGUUUAAAAAAUAUAAACGUACAUAUCUUUCUCCAUCCUCGACCAUCAUCUAUUACUAUUUACAUCGAACCGGGCGACAAUGCGCCCGGGAUUCAUAGGUGUUUCAACGAUCGUUCGAUCGUUCGAUUUAUCGUACAAUUGUUCCUGUGAUGAUUUCUUUUUUUCUUUUCUUUUUUUUUUUUUUUAUUUCACAUUGUUAUUACCAAGUGAUCCAGUAAAAAAAAAAAAAAGAAAAAAAAAAGAAAGGAAAAAAUAGUAAUUGGCACGAACCCAUACUCGAUAUCGAAAAAACUUUACUAUUAAUCAUCCAUUUGAUUGUACCUCAUCCGAUCUCUUUAAUUUCCCAUACUCGUUCCAACAAUAUUGAUUUAUCACAGAAUAACGCAUUCAUUACACUAAUGACAACGCAAUUUUCGCAUCGUAUAUCUUCGUGCUCGAUUUUUUUUAAUACAUAUAUAUAUAUAUGUAUUGUAAUAAAUGAAUUUCUCCGAAUAUUUAUCAAAUGUCAAAAUAAAUUUAACAUUUUCAUCGAACUUAUGUUGCGUACGUUAAAAUCGAGCACAGUGCAAAUGAGAUUCCAAUUCACUUCAAUCCAUUUGAUGCGAUGACUUACUCACACGUCUUUGCAUUUUUCAGAAGGUUUUAAAUUCAUUUUGGAAAUAAUUCGAGUUCGAGAUAUUCGACCGUGUUUGUUCUAAAAAAAAAAAAAAAAAUAAAAGAAAAAGAAUCUUAUUAUUUUUCUUAAAUUGUGCACAAUAAAUUUUGCCCUUUUUCGAAAAGAGAUCCGAUUCAAAGAAAUCUCUUUCAUUCUUUCACACUACACUUUCACCACCAUUAGCCAUCGUUUUCUCAAUCGAUCGAGAAAAUUUGGCAAAAUUUAUCCGACAAUCUAAAUUCCGCAAUUUUUAUUCCCUUUCUUACGUAUGAAAAGCUGCAAUGAACAUUGAAUGCCUUAACAUAGAGUAAUUCAGAUCAUAUUAUACAGAUCUUUUUUUCCUUUUUUUUUCUUUUCUUUUUUUUUUUUUUUUCAAUUNUUUUUUUUUUUUUUUUACAAUUACGUUAUGAUAUGAUCGUGGCAUAUGUAUACAGAAGCACACACUUACACAGACGAUGAUCGAAAAUUUUCCAUUACUUGUGGCGUUACACUCGUAAAUAUGACAAUCCGAGCGGGUGUUUGACGCGAUUCACGAUGAAUCUGGUGAAUCUGAUUCGAUGAAAGCGACAUUUAUUUCUUGGGAUUUUUAUUAAUUGGUGAUCAACCGUGGUUAACGUGUUCUUUUUUUUCUUUUUUUUUCUUUUUUCUUUUUUUUUUUUUUUACAAGCAUUACAACGUCACUUUAAUGGAGGAAUUACGCACGCGAUAAUAAUUUGAUUAGAAAAUAUAUAGGAUCAUUUCUUAAAUAAAUUCGAUAAUUAUUUAUUGUUAUUAUUAUUAUUAUUAUUAUUAUUAUUAUUAUUAUUAUUAUUAUUAUUAU